AUGCGACUGCGGGAUUCGGUCCUCGUACACCUGAUCCUCGGUGCUCUGCUGUGUUGCGACUGCUAUGUGAUUCGCCGUCUCAACGACGCUGCAGACGCAGUGUUGGCCGUCGAUCGGCAAUAUCGCACGUGUGGUUAUAGCGAUGGAUGUAGAAGGACGCGCUAUGGAGCCCAUCCACUGCAAGCUUCGGGUGCAGAUGAAGGCUCACGCCAGACGGCGCUGGACGAAACCGCCAUAGAGAACACCCUGAACCUGCCUAAAACGAUCUGGCCUAAGCAAAAGCAUUUCAACAAAGCGGCUAUUGAGCGACAGGCGCGCAUCCAGAAGUUCUGGAAGGAUCACGACAUAUACCGUCUGCUGCUAGAACGACGUCUGUCUAAGUUCGAGGACAAGGGGCUCUCCGACGCCAAGGUGGCGAAACGCACCACAGUGAUUCUCGACGGGCCGCCUUAUGCAAAUGGAUCGGCGCACUACGGUCACUUCCUUAACAAGACCAUCAAGGACGUUUUGCUGCGGGCCGCAUUGCUCGACGGCCGGCUGGCGCUCUUCCUGCCGGGAUGGGAUUGCCAUGGGAUACCCAUCGAGUCAAAAGUGCUUGGAUCGAGUGAUUAUGUAUUGGGGGACCUACGCAGAGGUUUGACAGAUGCAGGUGUCCCCAGAGCCGUUGAGGUGCGGCAGCGCUGCAGCCAGGUUGCCACGCAGUCGAUUCAGUCGCAGAUGUCGACAUUUGAAAUGUCAGGCUUCUGGGGAUUCUGGAAGCAAUUUUACGCAACCUAUCACUACAACUACGAACGGCAUGUAAUGAACGCUUUCCAGGAGCUCCUUCGACGGGGGGCCAUCUACCGGGCCCGCUGCCCUCAGCAUUACAGCGCGAAGUCUGGUUCCGUGCUGGCUGACUCGGAGCUUGUCUCCGAUGUUAGGGACAUUUUGACAGCCUUUGUAGGGUUCGAGGUGACCGAGCCUGAUGCCAUCUUGCAAGCACUCGACUUCCACAGGCCGCUCAUGGACGUUCGGCUAGUAUGCUGGACCACGUUGCCAUGGACACUCCCCGCUAACAGGGGUGUGCUAUUGGAUUCGUCGGCGGAUUACGACGUGUAUUACGCCAAUGGUAGCUUGUACGUCCUCAACAACAAUGACAAGUUUGGACUGUUUGAGGCGAAGCAGCAUGUAGGUCGUCUUAAGGGCGACCUGUUACUGGGGUUGAGCAUCAUGAACCCGGUCACCGGCGCACAGUACAAGGUGCACGACCACGCAGGUAUUCUGCGUGACAAAGGCACGGGUAUAGUCCACGCCGCUCCGGCCCAUGGCAUGGUAGACUUUAGACUACUGACGUCCUCUGGAGAUUAUCAGGUAGUAGACAAUUACGUCAGCGAUCCAAACGCAAUAUGCAACAUAAUCGACGAAAACGAACGGUUCUACCCCAACCUGCAUUGGAUGCUGGAAGGACUUAGUAUCCACGAUAUUGAUGAGGAACGACUCAGUGCUCUGCUUGGAGACUCGCUGCUUAAGGCGAAGGUAGAGCGCCUUCCAGUUGACGUCGACUGGCGUUUCGGCAAUCGCACUCAUGUGAGGCUGACUAAGCAGUGGUGUCUCAUGCUGCGCGGGCGUAAGGCGUGUUUAGAGCGGUUGAACGAUAUAAAGAUGUAUCCCGCAUCUUCACGUAACUACCUGCAGAACAUCAUCACCCACAGGGCGCAGGAUUGGUGUCUCAGCCGUCAGCGCGUUUGGGGCACGCCAAUUCCGGUGGUUUAUGUCGAUUCAAAGGCCAUUGAAAACCCUGAACUCGCGAAACUGUGCGACCUGACAGAGCGUUUUGAGGAUGCUGGCAGAGGGGAGUACCGCGCGGAGGUGGACAUUGAAACGUUGCCUCCAUACGACUUGGGUGAUCGCGUUUUUCGUAAGUUGGACUUCAGGACGGACACGGUUGAUGUAUGGUUUGAAUCCGCUCUGGCUCAGCGAGUUACUAUGGAUCGCCUCCGUAUUAUCAUGUCUGACAUGUCUCGCAUUAGCGCUGGGAAGAACCAUUACACGUUCCGCGACCUUGUCCCAGAGUACGCAGUUGAAGGGCCAGACCAAUUUCGUGGUUGGUACCAGUCUUCACUGCUGUUGAACACGCUGCUGGGCAGUGGUGGCGAAAAUGAAGCCAGCGCCACUGAAGCGGGUUCCGUUCUGGCUCGUCGUAUCAUCACUCACGGAUUCGUUAACGACGAUAGAGGCAACAAGUUGUCGAAACGCAACCAAAAUGUGGCACAAAAGGAGGGCAUGGAAGCUAACGGAGACGUAGCUACUGCAACUGGUCAGGCUCCUACGGACGUUGUGACGUCUGGAGGUACAAAAGCUUGUGAGACCUUUUCUCCAUCUGAAGUCCCGAGUUCAAUUGCCAGCGCUAAUAAGGCAUGUGGAGAUUCAGCACGCAGCGACGUAGAGGUGGACAAUGACGGUGAUGGCCUCCGUUUGAGAAAGGAGCAAAAUUCACCAAAGAACAGCCUCGCAUCCGUCGACCUCACGACAAUGCUGGGUGGCGAGUAUUAUGAGGAUUUGCAGUUGCUGGAUUUGUAUGCUCCGCGUGGUGUUGGGGCGGACGUGAUGCGGCUGUGGGCGUGCAGCAGCGACUUUCUACAGAAGGACAUCCAGUUGAACGAGGAUAAUCUUGGUGAAGCGCUGGAUUUUGCGAAGAAGGUAUCAAACUUUUUCAAGUACGCCAUUGGCGUAACCAAUGACUGCAAGAUAACCAACGACCGUUGCCGAAUCAAAGCAGAGCGCUUCAACGGUUUGGACCUACACUUUUUAAAGCUCUCGUUCGACUUGGUACGCGAUGCGCGACAUUUCUAUCGCGUUGGUAGCUUUCACAAAAUAGUACGAGAACUUGAGGUUUUCCUCACCCGACUCUCGAACAUCUACAUCUCGUACAGCAAGGAUCGGCUUUACUGCGACGUCAAGCAUGGGUGGCGGCGCACGUCCGCGCAGAUUAUCCUACGAAAAAUCAUGCGCAAUGUGCUCGGUGUAGUAGCACCUCUCAUGCCUCACAUGGCUGAAGACGUAUACCAGACCUUGUCGAACGUACAGCUACCCGUCAAUCGAAGCGACAAAAGGUCUGUUCCUUCAGUUUUCGGAGGUCGUUGGGCACAGAUGCCCCCGUACCUUGCCAAAGUCGACGUUGCCGAUAGAGUGGAGAGGGCUUUGGAGUUGCGAAGUGUCUUAAACGCCUCAAACAUGCGGCGCAACGAUCAGAAGCUGGUUAUUGUUUGCGGCAAUGACGAAAUUCUGAAGAGCCUCUUGGACCUCGAAACCAACUUGCAAAUAGACCUGCGGUUGUUAACGGGAGUUGCUGAAGUCGAACUGGCUCUGGAUUCAUCGUCAUACAAGGGCGGCGAGGCUCUUAUGCGUGGGAACGGAUACACCGCUUACUUCAUACCUGCGGCAUUCGAUAAGUGCAAGAGGUGUUGGCUGUACAGAGAGGACGUUUCGGAGGGGUUGUGUGACAGGUGCAGUGCCAUAUGUGGCCACCCUCUUUCAGCGGAAACCGCUAGAGAACCGGCUGCGUCCAAUGAUGACAUUGAUGGUGUUAGUCAGGCCUAUGUAGUGGAAGAUGGAGCAUCAUCGGAGGUGGAGGACUAUCUAGCAACGGAAUCAGGUGACGGCGAAGAGGAAGUUGAUGACGACACUUACGGCUACGACGAUGAUGUAUAG